UCAGUCCGCGCAGUAACAAAUGAGGUGCGCGCUGCGACACCUCCCAGCUCACCCGGCCCCGCCGCCAUUUCGUCGCCUGGCCUAACGGUUCGGCCAAUCCACUUCCCAAGUAAGAAGAGGAAGAGGAGCCGGUGGAACCAAGACACAAUGGAACAAAAGACAGUGAUUCCAGGCAUGCCCACGGUUAUCCCCCCUGGACUGACUCGGGAACAAGAAAGAGCUUAUAUAGUGCAACUACAGAUAGAAGACCUGACUCGUAAACUGCGCACAGGAGACCUGGGCAUCCCCCCUAACCCUGAGGACAGGUCCCCUUCCCCUGAGCCAAUCUACAACAGUGAGGGGAAGCGGCUUAAUACUCGAGAGUUCCGUACACGCAAAAAGCUUGAAGAGGAGCGACACACCCUCAUCACAGAGAUGGUCGCCCUCAACCCAGACUUUAAACCACCUGCAGAUUACAAGCCUCCAGCAACACGUGUGAGCGAUAAAGUAAUGAUUCCCCAAGAUGAGUAUCCAGAAAUCAAUUUUGUGGGUCUCUUAAUUGGGCCCAGAGGGAACACCCUGAAGAACAUUGAGAAGGAAUGCAAUGCCAAGAUCAUGAUACGGGGGAAAGGAUCUGUGAAAGAAGGGAAAGUUGGGCGCAAAGAUGGUCAGAUGUUGCCCGGAGAGGAUGAACCUCUUCAUGCUCUGGUCACUGCCAAUACAAUGGAGAAUGUCAAAAAGGCAGUAGAACAGAUCAGAAACAUCCUGAAGCAGGGUAUUGAGACCCCAGAAGACCAGAAUGAUCUACGGAAGAUGCAGCUUCGAGAGUUGGCUCGCUUGAAUGGCACUCUACGGGAAGAUGAUAACAGGAUCUUAAGACCUUGGCAGAGCUCAGAAACACGCAGCAUUACCAAUACUACUGUGUGUACCAAGUGUGGAGGGGCCGGCCAUAUUGCUUCCGAUUGCAAAUUUCAGAGGCCUGGCGACCCUCAGUCAGCCCAGGAUAAAGCACGAAUGGAUAAAGAAUAUUUGUCUCUUAUGGCUGAGCUAGGGGAAGCUCCUGUCCCUGCAUCUGUGGGCUCCACCUCUGGACCUGCCACCACACCCCUGGCCAGUGCACCAAGACCUGCUGCUCCUGCCAGCAACCCACCACCACCGUCUCUUAUGUCUACAACGCAGAGUCGCCCACCCUGGAUGAAUUCUGGUCCUUCAGAGAAUCGGCCCUACCAUGGCAUGCAUGGAGGUGGUCCUGGUGGGCCUGGAGGUGGGCCCCACAGCUUCCCACACCCAUUACCCAGCCUGACAGGUGGGCAUGGUGGACAUCCCAUGCAGCACAACCCAAAUGGACCACCACCACCUUGGAUGCAGCCACCACCACCACCGAUGAACCAGGGCCCCCACCCACCCGGACACCAUGGCCCUCCUCCAAUGGAUCAGUACCUGGGAAGUACGCCUGUGGGCUCUGGGGUCUAUCGCCUGCAUCAAGGAAAAGGUAUGAUGCCGCCACCGCCUAUGGGCAUGAUGCCGCCGCCUCCGCCACCUCCCAGUGGGCAGCCCCCGCCUCCUCCCUCUGGUCCUCUUCCUCCAUGGCAGCAGCAGCAGCAGCAGCCUCCACCACCCCCUCCGCCCAGCAGCAGUAUGGCUUCCAGCACCCCCUUGCCAUGGCAGCAAAGAUCCCUCCCCGCGUCAGCGAUGGCCCGAGCCAUGAGAGUGAGGACUUUCCGCGCCCAUUGGUGACCCUUCCAGGCAGACAGCCUCAGCAGCGCCCCUGGUGGACAGGAUGGUUCGGCAAAGCAGCCUGAGUUAUUUUUGUGGACGGAAUCGGAACACGCUGGCUCCAUAUCGUGAAAUUUUUAUUAAUUUUUAUCUUUUUCCUUUGUUAUUUCCUUAUCUUUUCCUUUCUUCAGACUCCGUCCAAGGAGAUGCUCUCCCCGGUCUUCUGCUGCAGAUAGAAUCCUUUACCUUGUCUCCAUUCCUCUCUUCCCAAGGAAAGAGGAGCAAAUGGUUUAGGCACAGACUUUGGCAAUUAAUGUCAGGCUUGGGUUUGUGGGGGUGGGUCCUGUGUGUGGUUUAUCUUUGCCACCUUUUAAAGUGUCUUGAGAAUUCUGACAUUGCUAGAAAGGGUUAAUCCAGCCCUGGGAUUCACAUCUUCCUGCACUCCUGCCAGCAGUAAGGAGACGCCCAAGCCACCAUAGGUCUGCCUGCCAGCCUGGAGUCUCUGAUCACCUAAGCUGCUGCAGAUACCAUUUGCUUCUCUCCUUCCUGGAAAGCUUCCCUUUAUGUUUUAUUUUGACCCCAGAUGUUCAGAUGUUUUGCAGUGUCUGGGACUUGUGCCCCGUGUUCUUUGUUCUGCUUCUUUGCCCCCUUCCCUCUUCAUGGAGUGAUUAUGUUGACAAUAAUGUGUAAUGCGCGUUCUUUUCACUGGUUUAUCUACAGAAAUUUCUCUGGGCUUUUUUUCGGUGUUUGAUUCAACACUGCGCUUAAGUGGGGGGAUGUUCCAUUGAAUAAAAGAGCAGUGUGGUUUUC